CUGCAUCAGUCACACACCCUGCCAUGAUCAUUCAUCUCCUGCUCACCCCCCACUCCCGCAAGCAGUUAGAAACUUAGAACUCGGCUACACGAUCUUGAUCCAUACACGUACAUGGAGAGCAAUAGCAUGGCGCCGCAGCAGAGAGAAGACGACGUCAUGGAGGUGCCGGAGAUCGACGGCGACCUGCUCGUCGAGCUCCUGGACGCGUCCCUCGCCGCCGAGGACAACGCAGGCCAGGCGCUCGGCUUCGCGGCCGACGUCGACGGCGACUGCUGGAUCGACAGCCAGGAGCCGAGCUGCGGCAUCCACGCGCACCAGGACUGCGAGGACUGCGGCCUCGACGGCAUCCUGUCCGACUUCGAGGAGUACGGGAGCGCGCGGGCGAGGCCGUUCCCGGCGCCGUACGCAUUCUUCGGCGACGAGGACACCCUGGAGUGGGCGGAGACGACCGACGCCGUCAUGGGCCCGUUCGCCGGCGGGUGCAUGGGGGACUGGUACAUGGACGGCAUGGUCAUGGCCAUGGAGUGGGAGGAGGAGGAGGAGGGCGGCGAGGGGAGCGCCUUCUCGUUUGAGCCCUGCUACGGCGGCGGCGAGGCUGGCGCGGAGCAGGUGUACGGCAGCCCGUUGUGGGAGUGAUCGAGCCGGUGAACUCGUGUGCAAGUGUCAGCGUUCAGUAGAUGUGUGCUCAGUAGACGUGUGCCACAACUAACUGCCACCACUGCUAAUCGUAGGCUAAAAUCUUGUUGUUUCUAUUUCUACCUCCGUGUUGCGAAUUCGGCCCAGUCUGAAUUUGCUGAAGAGAACUGGACUCGUGUGCCGUUCGUUUGUGCUAUGUUUCAGGGGCUCAGAAGCCUGUAGACUGUAGUCGAAGUGCUUUCUGAGAUUCAGGUGUGCCUGGCUGCCUGCAGUCAGUAUCAGAGCUGUGUUCAGAUGGUUUAUGCUCUGUGUUUUUGGCACUUUUGCUGUGUUCAGAGAAUGGGAUGUUGUUUGGCACUAUGGCUGUAGUUGAACGAAAUCUCUGUUUGUGGUGGUCAUUGCUCGAGCCUGAAAAGAGAAGAAGAGCCCAGGAGACAGAACAGAGGUCUUGGAGAAUGUUGUAUCUAUGAGGUUCACUAGAUUUUAGACAUCCUGUUUUGUUGCUACAGGCUUGUGCCUUAUUUGUAUGUAUAUGCAGCUUCAAGACAUAUAUGCUAAAAAAAUUUCUGCUC